UGGGUCUCAUGCACAUCGGUGUCUUCAUCCUGCUACUGCUGAGUGGAGAGAGGAACUUUGGCGUGCGUCUCAACAAGCCCUACUCUGUCCACGUACCUAUGGACAUCCCAGUGUUUACAGGGACCCACGCCGACCUACUCAUAGUAGUGUUCCACAAGAUCAUCACCAGCGGCCACCAGCGUCUCCAGCCUCUUUUUGACUGCCUGCUCACCAUAGUAGUAAAUGUGUCUCCCUACCUGAAGAGUCUGUCAAUGGUGGCAGCCAACAAGCUGCUCCACCUCUUGGAAGCCUUCUCCACCAACUGGUUCCUCUUCUCCGGCUCCCAGAACCACCAUCUUGUCUUCUUCCUGCUGGAGGCCUUCAACAACAUCAUCCAGUACCAGUUUGAUGGAAACUGUAACCUAGUCUACGCCAUUAUCCGCAAACGCAACUUGUUCCAUCAGUUGGCCAGCCUGCCGUCCGACCCCGCCUCCAUCCAGAAGGCCUUGCUGAGGAAGAGAAAGUCACCAGACGCCAUCAGCGGCAUCUCCCGUACCAGCUCCCAGGAAACGGUGUCCAUGGAGGGUUCGCGUCCGGCCGUCCCCGCCGAGCCAGGAACGCUGAAGACCAGCCUGGUCGCUAUACCAGCCAUUGACAAACUGACUGAGAAGUCUCAGGUGUCAGAGGAUGGCACCAUGAUCUCUGUGCUGAAGAUGGAGCAUUCACACGCGUCACACCACACAACCCAGGCUGACCACACAACCCAGGCUGACCACACACCCCAGGCUGACCACACACCCCAGGCUGUCCACGGCGCCAUUGUAGGGGCCAGCGACACAGAGUCUGUUUCUGGAAGGGACAAUGAGGAUGUUUUCUACACUGAGGCAGAGAUGGAGAGAAGGCGCAUGUCAAGCACAUCAUCCACCAUCUCCUGUACCUCUCAGUCUCACUGGGCCCCUACACCAGACUGGGUCCUCUCCUGGAAGUGUAAGCUCCCCCUACAGACCAUAAUGCGUCUGCUGCAGGUGCUGGUCCCACAAGUUGAGAAGAUCUGUAUCGACAAAGGUUUGACAGACGAGUCUGAGAUCCUGAAGUUCCUCCAGCAUGGUACCCUGGUGGGCCUCCUGCCCGUCCCCCAUCCCAUCCUCAUCCGGAAGUACCAGGCCAAUGCCGGCACGGCCAUGUGGUUCCGCACCUACAUGUGGGGAGUGGUCUACCUGCGCAACGUGGACCCGCCCAUCUGGUACGACACGGACGUACGUCUCUUUGAGAUCCAGAAGAUGUAGAUAACAGGAAAGAGAUGUUGACUGAAGAUGGGACUACUUCCUGUCUUGUUCCUGCCCCUUCCUCCUACUGGCACUCUCUCCCUUGAACCUCACCUACCUUCAACUUGCCUCAUCAUCAUCAUGCUUGCCCUUCACACCUUCUCUUUGACUUUCCCCCGGUUGUGCAAAUGUAAUGUGGUCAAUAUUGAGAAAGGGGGAGGAUAGCUAGCACCUACUCCAAAAGCAGGAGGUUGAGUUGUAAAGGGUUGGAAUUACAGGGGGGCUAAGAGGGGCUGGGCACCCCUUUUACAAAUCAGGACCUCAUAUCAGAAUUGAAAUAUCUAUGUGAAGCCAUACCAGAAGUGUCAUAGACAUAAACAAUGGGCACCCACAAGGGUCAAUGUGUAAUUCAAACCCCUAGACAUGGAUGAGGAUAGGACUAUUAUCUACACUGUGUAAGUACACCCUGAAACCUCAAGACUACAGAAUGUCUGUCAAAGCACUGAGACAUUAGUGUUAGCAAGCAAACUGUCCUUCCUAAUCAUGGACUCCAUGUUAAAGCUCUGUGUGAAAAUCAGCUUUGAUGGAGAGAGUAUGGAGAGAGUAUGGGAGACAUUGGUUACACUUUAUAACGACCUUUAUGAAGACAUUAUAUAAACUUAAACAUGUUCACAAAUUAUUAUACAUUUGUAGGAAUUCCAAUGCUUCUAAAUACAGAAAUGUUUACUGUUGCUUAUUCAUGAAAUGUAUUAUAAAGUGUCAAAAUUACGCUUUUAGUUAGCAGCCUAAAAUAUUCUUGGAUUGGCAUUGCUAUUUCACAUGGAUUGUAUUUGCCACAUUAAAGCGAGAACGUGUCAUGUUGUGAAAUUGCACUUCCUCCAAUGAGACCUUACUGCUGUGCUCUUUGUAAAGUGGCAAUGUGACAAGGUACUGCAUCUCGCCAAGAACUUGAAAAGGACACUAUUGUCUGUUCCAGACUGAAAGAAACAAAUAUCCAAACUGACUUUAUGUUACUGUGUAAAAGUCAAUGGCUAUAUCUUACAUGUACAUUGUUAUAUUUGUCUGCAUGUCAUUCUGCAAUCAGCCUUGUCGACUGUAAAUACUGUGUUUGAUGUUUAAAGUAGUAUUUUUUCUUGAACUAUACAGAAUACUAUAUUAUAAACU